CCUUCCACAAUAUUCUAUACGUUCUCUCCCUCGUUUGAAAAUAAAUAUAUUGGGUUUUUGGUUGGGAUUAAUUUGUCUUUUCCUUUUUAACCAAAGCAUGAGCACAAAAUCGGUGAUAUUUAAGACAUCAAUUGAGACACUUUUGAGUAGUAGUAACUAAAAUAAGAAAUAGAGAACUUUUAAUUCCACUAUCAGUUGAUUCUAUGGAACUGGAACCCCUCUCCACUACAACAAGAAGUCUUGGUGGACAGAGUUAACUAGUACUUGUUGCUGGUGGGAGGUGGAGUUACCCCGUGAAUUUAGUGGAGGCACAGAUGUUCUGCUUGUUACAAGCAGUAUAAGAAGAAGGAUCAUCUUCUUGCACAUAUGAAAACCUCUUGUCAUUCUGUUCAUGACCCUAAAUGCGGUGUCUGUAACAAACAUUGCAAGUCCUUUGAAUCACUAAGGGAGCACAUUGGUGGUCCAUUGUCCAAAGUGAAUUGUUCAAGCAUCUUUGCAGAAAGAGGCUGCAUUUUGUGUCUGAAAAUCUGCAGCAGCAUGGAUUCUCUCAAUAAGCAUAAAGAAAUGUGUCAUCUAACGACUCCUCGACCCAUUGACACAGUGGAGCUUUAUUCAGAAUCCGAAAUGGAAAGUUAUGAAAUUAGCAGCAUAAGAAGUCGGGAAGCAGUUGCCAUAGAUUGUGAAAUGGUUGGAGGGGGAAGUGAUUGCUCACUAGACCUUUGCGCAAGGGUAUGCCUGGUUAACGAAGAUGAGAAGCUUAUUUUCCACACUUACGUUCUACCUCAGAUUCCUGUUACUAAUUAUAGGUAUGAAAUUACUGGUAUAACAGAGGAGAAUCUACGAGAUGCCAUGCCUCUAAAGGAAGUCAGACAGAUAAUUCAGCAGAUUCUUUACAAUGGAGAGUCAAUUGGUAGAGCAAGAUUGGAUGGUGGAAGAGCAAAAGUACUUGUGGGCCAUAACCUUGAUAAACACCUUGAUUGCUUGAAGAUGAAUUAUCCUGAUCAUCUUCUGAGAGAUACUGCAAAAUACCGGCCCCUGAUGAAGACCAACUUUGUCAGCCACUCUCUCAAAUAUCUAACCAAGACUUAUCUAGGAUAUGAUAUCCAAGUUGGUUUCCAUGAUCCUUUCCAAAAUUCUGUGUCUGUUAUGCGGUUGUAUAAGAGGAUCCACUCACAAGACCACCCAAUUGAAGGGACCAAGAGAGUAGUAUCACAUUCAUCCCUAAGCUUUAGCAAAAGUUCUGAUUCAUGGAAAUCCAUGGCACACGAGAGAAUGACACCAGAUGAGCUCUUAGAGAUAUCCAGAUCAAAUUAUAAGUGUUGGUGUCUUGAUUCACGGGAAUCCAAUUGUUGAAUAUACAUUUGAUCUGAGAAAGCUUCCAACUCCAAGUGGCCGACACUAAAGCAAGAAUGCAUGAUCUUAUUUGUGGCAUCUGCAUGACUUCACAUUUAAUUAGGCCUCCGAGGCUGCUGCUGAAGGUUUUGUAGUUACUGAAGUGUAUAUGAUUAGAACUGCAUAUUUUUCCUUGGUAAAAGCUUUAGUUUAUCUGCCCUAAUUUCCAUUCUUGAAGGUCUCUUUGAGUUUGAUGCUACAGCAAAAGGAGGAAGAAUUGCUUGUUUUUGCUAUUGCAAUUUACAUUCUCUAAAAUGUGCAGAACGAAAAUACAUCUACGACAUUGGAUGAUCGUUGAAGAUGAUCUUACUGAAAGCAGAAUUAGUUAAUGUCCUUAAUUAUUCUAGUAACAGAACUAAUAGAGUUAGUAUUAAUGUUUGCUGCUGGUGUUUCUGUUAGGCAGUUAAUAUCUUUUCUGUUUUUAGCUUAGCUUUUCAAGGCACCAUAGGAGACUGUAUAUACUAGUAAUAUUUUGUUAAAUGAGAGAGCCUGUGGGUUCUCAUUUUCUCAUUCUCAGCA